AGAAAGGGAGAGGAAGUUUUAGCUGCCUGAGCGGAGGGUGGUUGAGCCUCGUCGGCAAGCGGGCAGCGAAAGGAGGUUUCUGCUGUGUCAUAUCAUCUCCAAUUCAGCUUCAGCUUCAAUUUUGUUACCAGCAUGGGAAUCCACGGUUUAGCCAAACUGAUUGCAGAUGUAGCUCCUGGUGCCAUUCGAGAAAAUGACAUUAAGAGUUAUUUUGGUCGGAAAGUGGCUAUUGAUGCUUCUAUGAGUAUUUACCAGUUCCUGAUUGCUGUACGGCAGGGAGCCGACAUGCUGCAGAAUGAGGAAGGUGAGACCACUAGCCACCUAAUGGGCAUGUUCUACCGUACCAUCCGCAUGGUGGAAAAUGGCAUCAAGCCUGUGUAUGUCUUUGAUGGCAAACCUCCACAGUUGAAAUCAGGUGAACUGGACAAGCGUACUGAGCGCCGAGCUGAGGCAGAAAAGCAAUUGCAAGAGGCCAAAGAGGCAGGUGAAGAGGAAAAUGUAGAAAAAUUUAGCAAGAGGUUAGUUAAAGUGUCCAAGCAACACAACGACGAGUGCAAGAAGUUGCUUACUCUGAUGGGCAUCCCCUUUGUAGAAGCACCUGGGGAGGCUGAAGCUAGCUGUGCUGCCUUGGUCAAAGCUAGUAAGGUCUAUGCUGCUGCUACUGAGGAUAUGGACUGUUUGACCUUUGGUAGCCCUGUGUUGAUGCGACAUCUUACUGCCAGUGAGGCUAAGAAACUUCCCAUUCAGGAAUUCCACCUGCACCGUAUCCUUCAAGACAUGGGUCUGACUCAGAAGGAAUUUGUGGACCUUUGCAUACUGCUAGGUUGUGACUACUGUGAAAGUAUUCGUGGCAUUGGGCCCAAGCGUGCCAUGGAGCUCAUCAGGCAGCACAAAAGCAUAGAAAAAAUUGUUCAGCAAAUAGAUACUAAGAAAUACUUCCUGCCAGACAACUGGCUGCACAAGGAGGCCCAGCAACUUUUCAUGGAACCUGAAGUUGUAGACCCAGAAGCUGUGGAGUUGAAGUGGAGUGAGCCCGAUGAGGAGGGACUUGUCCAGUUCUUGUGUGGGGAAAAGCAAUUCAAUGAAGAAAGGAUCCGUAACGGAGUCAAGAGACUGAACAAGAGUCGCCAGGGUAGCACUCAAGGCCGACUAGAUGAUUUCUUUAAGGUUACUGGCUCAAUUACUUCAGCCAAGCGCAAAGAACCAGAGCCUAAAGGGUCUGCCAAGAAAAAAGCAAAGGGCGGUGGUGCAGCAGCAAAGUUCAAAAGAGGAAAAUAACUUCUAAAAAAUUAUAUCAAUUCCUUUUCACUCCAGAUGCUACUGGAAAGAAAGUAUACUGAACUGCCAAUACAGGGCCAUUUGGUGACCUGCUGUAGCUCUGUAAUACUUAAAAAAGAGACACAACCCUUCAGCCUAACCUGAUAAAUGGAGGGCACUGCUCUCAAUGACAAAAUCUUGAUGUUGCUGAUUAGUAGCCACAGGUGCAGCUUCACUGAUGGCUGACAUUGCUGCAGGCUGAUGCAGAGGAUGUUACUACUACUAACACAAUUGCUAUGAAUCAGCCACAGUUGCUGCAUUCUUUCUAGUUGUACCAAGCCUAGGAAUUGCUUUCAUUUCAUUUAUAGCUUUGAAUAUACACUGAUGAGUAUGCUCUUUUUUCUAUGAAUACCUUGUUGCUUUCAAACUGAAUUUUCUGAAGUAGAUUAAAUAGCCUUGCGAGUAGUAUCAGCAAACACAAUUGCAGUGUUGAAUAAAUAAGAUGGGCAAACAAGAUGACUUCUGAAUGAUCAAAUCUAAGAUAGCCACCUUUCUAAUCUGGUCGUUCUAUACUCCUCAGUUACAGUUGAUGCAGACAUCAUGCCUGGUCGGAUCCAGCUGUCCAUCAGUGGAAGGCACCAUAGUUAUGAAUCUUUCCUUUGUUGUGCUCCCUCCACAGUUCUUUCUGACCCCAGGAAAGUUUAUUCUCAAGGUUACAGGGCCUAUAUGGACUAAUAGCCACAAAGAUUGGGAAACUGCUGUGAGAAGGGUAAAGGGGAUGAAAUUGCCUUCCUCUAUCAGUGCAGCUGAACAGUUUUUUCCUCUUCCUACCACAGCCUACUGGUCUACCUGAGUCAAGCAACCCGGGAAAAAAAAUUUCCAGUUUCAGAAAGAGUUUUGGUGGAGGGGAAUACCAGAAUCAUUCAUGAUCCUUGCAUCCACUGAGUGCUAGAUCCAGCUCCCUGUCUUGAUUAAUUAGCUUGGCUUGCCCUUGUCAACUAAAAGAAUGGGGUUGUCAGUUAAUAGGGAUCAUCCUGAUUGGAUGAUCCCUAUGAACUCUUCCCUAUUAACUCUAUUGAUACUGAAGCACACUCUUCUCAGGUGUGCUUCAGUAUCAAUUAGAGUAGCAACAUUGUGAACGUGGUGGUUGGAGAUGGUCAGAAGAUAAUUUUCUUAUUUGAAAUUAUAUGAGAUUGUUUUAACUGCAAGUUAUUUUUUCUCGGGUUUGUGUCAUUUAAUUCACCAAGUUUGUAAAUAUUUAUGACUGAAUAGGAAAAUAUUUUCAUUUUCAGUCUUUGAAAGAAAUAAGGAACCAAAUUCUAGAUUGUCUUAUUUUAUGAAUAGCUUUGUUUUGGUUUUAGCAAAUAGCAGUGUAGAAACUGACAGAUGCCAUCCUGGACUAGGGAUUUUUUUUUUCUGCUUUACCUCUUGUAUUAAACGUACAAUAAAUGCUUUUUUCAUUA